UUCAUGGAGCGGAGCGAGUGAGUGGAGAGUGGUCCGGAGUCAGUUGGCGAGUGGCAGCUAUGAAGAGUGUACGGAUAUGUGUGUAUUUGGCCGCGCUACUGCCCUUAGUAUACAGUCAGAAGAGGUCAGAUGACAAGAAGGAAGAAGUAGCGUUUGUCUGCCCAGAAGGUCAAGGAAACGGCAACUUUGCAGAUCCUGCCACAUGCAGACGAUUCUACCAGUGUGUGGACAACUACCCCUACCUCAACAGAUGUCCCUCGGGACUUUAUUUUGACGAUAUCAACAAACUUUGUACAUUCAAAAAUGAGGCACGCUGCGGCCCACUACCAACUACUCCCGCACCCAGCACGGAACCUCCUCAAGAUCUCGCCCAGAAGUGUGACACAGCCAAGUGCCAGCUGCCAUACUGCUUCUGCUCUCGCGACGGGACCAUCAUACCCGGCGGAUUAGAACCUGAGGAUACUCCGCAGAUGAUCUUGGUGACGUUCGAUGGAGCCAUCAAUCUUAACAAUUUCCAGAAGUACACUCACCUCUUCAACUCAAAGAGGAGGAACCCUAAUGGUUGUGAGUUGAGGGCGACGUUUUUCAUCUCCCACGAGUACUGUGACUACAAUAUGGUCCAGGAGCUCGCUCACUACGGUCAUGAGAUCGGGGUCGAGACUGUCUCGCUACAACAAGGUCUCCAGGACAAAGGUUACGAGGAAUGGGUCGGAGAGAUGAUCGGUAUGAGAGAGAUUCUGAGACACUUCGCCAACAUCUCCCAAAGCGACAUAGUGGGGAUGAGAGCUCCCUUCCUCAAGCCAGGACGUAACACUCAGUAUGAAGUAGCUGAGGACUUUGGUUUCAUCUAUGACAGUUCUGUUGGUGUUCCUCCACUCAAAACUCCUAUCUGGCCUUACACGUUAGACUACAAAAUACCUCACGAAUGCAAGUCAGGCACUUGCCCUACCAAAUCAUUCCCAGGUAUCUGGGAGGUGCCCCUCAACGCCCACUACGUAGAGACCUAUGAGGGAGGCCAUUGCCCCUACCUGGACCAGUGUGUUCUCCACAAUCACGACAAGGACGAUGUGUUUGAGUGGCUGCAGGAGGACUUCUACAGAUCCUACAAGCAUAACAGAGCCCCGUACAUGCUGCCCUUCCACACCAACUGGUUCCAACUGAAGGAGCUGGAGGACGGUCUUCAUAAGUUUGUCGAGUGGGUUUUGACCCUGGAAGACGUUUGGUUUGUGACUGUGACGCAAGCGUUGACCUGGAUGACAGACCCGCGCCCACUCAGAGAUCUGGCCAACUACGAGCCAUGGAAGUGUGACAAGAUGGACCAAUACCCACCCAAGCCUUGCAACCUGCCCAACAAAUGUGCCUUGUCCUUCAGGCCCCCAGAGGCUAAUGUUACUUCUACCAGGUACCUAACAACCUGCCGCUCAUGCCCCAACAAGUACCCAUGGCUCGGAGAUUCACAAGGCACAGGAAUCGCUGGUCGUGACGUCUACAACCCAGAGAACAGAAGGCGUUGAGAAUAGCUAUAAUUUAUUUUUGAAGCGACGUUUUCCAAACAUUUUAUAUUUGUGUUCAUCAAGAACUCAGUGAGGUUGUGUCUUUUCAACAUUGGUAAUUGUGCCUUUUUUAAUUUGUCGUUUUGUAAUAUGCCAUAAAGCGAAGUUUCAACAUAAGAGGUGUUUAGAAUUUCUUGUAGGUUUUGAAAAUUUUAAAUUACUCAGUUACAGUAUCAUCCCUGCUUUUGACAACAAUAAUUAAUGCAAAAAUAAAAGCUUUUUUUGUUUAGUUUCAGUACAAAGAUUUUUAUAUCCUAAUAUUUGUAUUUGCACUCGCGGCUAAGAUUUUUAUAAUACAAAUUGACGAGCUCAUAAAGCAUUAAACCCUUGAUAAUUAUAAUCUUUUAAGCAGUUAAUUGAUUAUUAUUUAUCAACUUGUUGGUUUAGAAGCACAGCUUCAAUAUUUAAAUAAGCAGUUGUUGGUGCUAUAACAAAUUACUGGUUUGAAAAUUAAUAAAAAAGUUUAAAAAAUUCAUUCAAGUACUUUUUAUUGAAUGUUUUGAAUUGAAUGCUAAUGCAAAAGAGUAAAUUUAAAUCAAUUAACUUAAUUUAGUCAUAGGAGUUGUAAGACAAAUGUAAUUUGUUCUCUUGUUACUACAGUACGUUUACUGAGAUAAAGUACGGUAAUAAGAAAUCAGUAAUAUUUUUAUUGAAAAUUUGUAAAGAACUUAGAGAGAUUUUGUAUUUUUUUAGUUUUAAUUUUAUUUGUAAAAUAAAUAAAUGAUUCCUAUGAAAGCUG